AUGACCACCUCCACCCCUUUAGCCACCGCCAAGGUCCGCCUGAGAGGCGUGGUGUUCGACAUGGACGGAACCCUAACUGUCCCCGUCAUCGACUUCCCAGCAAUGUAUAGGACAGUGCUCGGGGAAAAAGAGUACUUAAAAAUUAAGUCGGAGAAUCCGUCGGGUAUAGAUAUUUUGCAUCAUAUUGAGACAUGGAGCCCCGACAAGCAGAAACAGGCGUACGAAAUUAUCGCCGAUUUUGAGAAACAGGGUUUGGAUCGCCUCCAAAUCAUGCCGGGUGCUUCAGAACUUUGUGGUUUUCUUGACUCGAGGAAUAUUAGGAGGGGAUUAAUCACUAGGAAUGUCAAGGAAGCAGUGGAUUUGUUUCAUCUACGCUUCGGGAUGAUAUUUUCUCCUGCAUUAAGCAGGGAAUUUCGACCUUAUAAACCAGAUCCUGCUCCCCUGCUUCAUAUCUGUACAACUUGGGGUAUGCAACCAGACGAGGUUAUGAUGAUUGGGGAUAGCCUUAAAGAUGACGUGGCAUGUGGGAAACGAGCAGGAGCUUUCACAUGCUUGCUUGAUGAAACAGGAAGGUACGAUUCUCCUGUGUAUGAAAACACGGAAUUCAAACCAGAUUACACAGUAACAUCUCUUGUUGAAGCUCGUUCACUGUUGGAAAAGCAUUUCGACCUUAUCCCCUGA